GGCUCAUGUAAAGCCUUUUCUGACUUGUGGGGAAGCUUCCUCCUUCAGUUUAAUUGAGUAACUUGACUUACAAUUAGCAACAUCAAAUUACAUCAUACUAAUCAAUCCCACGGCACGAAUUCUUCAUAUGAUCAUCAAAUGGCCAGAAACUGCCUGCAAGCGGCUGAGCUAACGACCAGCGGCCGCCCAGUCCUACUCCCGACGGAGAUCGAAUGCUCACUCCUCUCCGCCGUAGACCUCGAAUGCGAAGACCUCCCCAACUUCCCUCACCUCAAAUCGGGUCUCCUCAUUCUCACCACCCACCGCCUCUUAUGGCUUCCCGAGUCCACCGCCGCCUCUUCAUCCUCCGCCAUCCCUCUCGCGGCCAUCACCCACAUCUUCUCGGCCAAAAAGUCAAUCAAGUCCAUGUUCGCCUCACCCCGGCUCCGAUUCCAACUCUCGGUCUCGCCCGACGGCCGGGUUUCGGAUUCGGGUUCGGGUUCAAGGUCCGUGGUGGUGACGGUCGUAAUCAGGGGCAAGGGCGAUUUGGACGCCUUUUUGAACAAGUUGUGGGACAGCUGGCGGGGAAGGGCCUGGGAGAUUGUGCAUGAGCAGGCCGGCUCGGAUGUUGCUUCGGGUUCAGGGUCGAGCUCUGGGAUGUAUACGAGGGAAGGGGCGGUGAGGAUGGUUGGAGUGUCAGGGAUUCUAAGGAAGGAGCAGGAGAUGUGGGAGAGUACUGAUAAGAGCUUGCAGGACGCUUUCCAGGACUUGAAUGCUCUCAUGAGUAAGGCUAAAGAGAUGGUGAUGCUAGCAGAGAAAAUGAGGCAGAAACUUUUAUCUGGCUCGACUUCUCAGCCCAGUGCGGAAAAUGAUGAAGAAUUGGGUUCCAAACAAGAAAUGCAAGAUUGGUUGCUGAGUGUUGGUAUUAUAUCGCCUGUUACCAAGGAGUCUGCUGGUGCUAUGUAUCACCAACAAUUGUCCCGUCAGUUAGCAGAUUUUGUCAGAAUUCCACUUGAGAGAUCUGGAGGAAUGAUGAAUCUUAUAGACAUAUACUGUCUCUUCAAUCGUGCUCGAGGCACAGAAUUGAUCUCGCCAGAAGAUUUGCUGCAAGCAUGUUCUCUCUGGGAGAAGUUUGACGUCCCUGUAAUGCUUCGAAAGUUUGAUAGUGGAGUCAUGGUCAUCCAGAAUAAGUCUCAUAGUGAUGAAGAGGUUUUUGCUAGAAUCAAGACCCUUGUAACAAAGCCCGAUGCUCUUCGAACUGGGAUAAGUGCCAGUGAUGCUGCAAUCACAUUAGGUAUUGCACCAGGCAUGGCCAAGGAGCAUCUUCUUACUGCUGAAAGCAAGGGUUUGCUAUGCAGAGAUAUAAGCCCCGAUGGCUUUCGCUUUUAUGUUAACCUGUUUCCUGAAAUCGAUCCAAAUGACAUGUUCUCAGUGAAAGAUUAUGGAAUCUAUAGCACUUGGUUAAGGGCGGCCUGUGCGUCUGGAUGAGAGAGAUGAUUUAUGCAGUAACCCCUUUCUACCUUUUUCAUGCGGCAGAAAGCAGAAGCAAGAUGGACAUUAAUAGGUGAAUGCUGCUGAAAUCAGAAGGAACUAAGAUUGACACCAAAUUGAUGAAUGCGAAGUAUUUUCAGGCGAGUUUGUACCUGUUUAUUGCUUAAUUCCCCUGCGACUCUUCGAAUUUUCUAUAUUGUGGUGGUUGCACGGACGUAAAGUUCCAGAACCAUGCAUCAAAGACAUACUUACCUCCGUUGUGACAAAGGAUUAUUUGCAAAGUGCUUCUUCAGAGCCAGUGAAACUUUGUAAUUGAACAUAAAAGCAGGGAAGAUCGGGUGAGGCGAGAUGGAGGCCUAUGUACUUUUAAAUUUUCUUUACAUCGCCCCCUUUUUCCCUCUUCCCAAUGGCUUAAUGGACAUGGAAAUAAUCAUGCCGUUUGUAACAAAACAUUUAAUUGAUGAUGCCAUUAUUUAGGUUUAAUUGAUGAUGCCAUUAUUUA